AUGCAGAGGUGUUUCGGGGUUUUCUGCGCGUCCCUCAUCUUUUGCGCGACUCUCUCGGAGACCAUCGGACUGGUGAUCGCGAUGCAGAGGUGUUUCGGGGUUUUCUGCGCGUCCCUCAUCUUUUGCGCGACUCUCUCGGAGACCAUCGGACUGGUGAUCGCGGUGUACCUCAUAAUGAACUAUUCUGAUUACGACUCUGACGGAUACUCGUCGAAUGAGGACGCAGACUAUGUUCCAUCAGAUGAUAACCUCAGUGAGGAUGACAUCAAUGAGUGUGAGAAGGAAGACCCUCUUCAGGAGGACGACGCUGUGCCGUGUCCUGUCAACAUGCCCAAGAAGAAAAAGAAGAGGAAGGACAUCAGCUCCAGAAACAGGGGAGAAAUACCCCAGAGGCUGGAGAGGGCAGAGGCUGGCAGCGGGGCAGAAGAGGCUCGGCCUCGGCGUCAAACUGACCAGGACGACGAAGAAAAACAGAAGAAGAAAUCCGACGAUCUCUGGGCGAGUUUUCUAUCGGAUGUGGGAACCAGACCCAAAGACCCGGCCCCAGCCUCUCAGUCCGGGACCUUAAAGGAGACGCAAACGGAUUCUCCGGUGUCGACGGUUUCCCCCUUGAGUCCAGAACCAAAAUCGUCCCAACCUGCGAAAGUCACCAUCACUAAAGUGUUCGACUUUGCUGGUGAAGAAGUUAGGGUGGACAAAGAGGUGUCGGCAGACUCCAAAGAAGCUAAAAGCUACCUGAAGAGCCUGACAGCAGAGAGGGAGGAGGAUGAAAACGAGGAUAAGGACUCACCAGACAGCCAAUCACCUCUGCCUGGUCCAAGCGCCAAGCGUCCGGUGGGAAUGUCGAGCAUCCUGAAUCGCAUCGGAGGAAAGAAACAGAAGAUGAGCACGCUGGAGAAGUCGAAGAUGGACUGGGACGCCUUUAAGUCGGAGGAGGGAAUCACGGAGGAGCUGGCCAUCCACAACAGAGGCAGAGAGGGGUACGUGGAGCGGAAAAACUUCUUGGAGCGCGUGGACCACCGUCAGUUUGAGCUCGAAAAAGCAGUGCGACUGAGCAACAUGAAACAAUGACACACACACACACACACACACAC